GAGAGGUUCGGAUUGUAUUCAUCCGUGCAUAUGAGUUCAAACAGGCUAGAGCGACUCAAGAGCCAUAUUUUGCCUAAAAAUAAGAUAAGAGCAAUGGCAAGUCCUGUGACCACACACGUGCUGAACACUGCCAAUGGUGUCCCCGGGGCCAAGAUAGCCCUCAGCCUACAUCGACUCGACCCCUCAACUGAGACAUGGCUGUUGAUUAACACUGGGCUCACAAAUGCUGAUGGCCGCUUCCCUGGACUCAUCUCGCAACAACAAUUUCUGUGUGGUGUGUACAAAUUGCGCUUUGAAACUGCUCAGUACUGGGAAAGUAUGGGGGAGACCUCCUUUUACCCAUAUACUGAGAUUGUCUUCACCGUAAGCGACGCAGAUCAAAAGUACCACAUACCACUGCUCUUGAGUCGUUUCUCGUACAGUACGUACAGAGGGAGCUAGAGGUCAAGUGUGUGGUGACCUUCAGCGACUGGCAUGCUUCUUUCUUGGAAACAUUCUCAGUUCAAAUGACACGAGUGCUACAGCCAUUCUACUCAAAAAACAAAUGUGCCAAUAAUUAUUUGUAUUCUUUAUAAGAAAUUAGGUAUUACAACCAGUAGUAGUCUUUGAAAUUAAAUAAUUAUAUUUUGAUACAUUUCACUUAGUAGUAAUAGUUUAACCCCACUUAAUGUAAUUUUUGGAAUAUGAAUGAAAUUAUUAAACAUGUAUGUAUGUAACAUGCAGUACAUUUUCUGAUAUGUCUCUUUGUGAACUAAAAGAUUGAAGCAGAGUACACAUAUGGUACAACAAUUUUUAAAAUUUGAGUGACCCUACACAUGAUGAGGAAAAUAAUCUGCAUGUGUGUGCUCAUUGUUGCUUGUAUGGCAUGAGAUGUACAGUACUGUAGAUGACCAACACCAUAUCUUAUAUAUCUUCACCGAUAAUCGUGAGUAUACUGUCGUCUGUCGUAGUACCAAGUGAAAAGCAGUAUGGGCACCCAGACUGCUGGAAAAUUGUAGUAGUAGUAAUAGUAGUACAUUGCAGUUGAAAAUUCUUCUUGUCUCCUGGUCUGCUUGGCACAUGCAAGCAUUCACUCUGAAUA